AGAACUUAAGCCUGAGAGAAAUUCACAUGGGCCUUAUUUAAUUUAUGCAUUCGUAACUAGUUGCAGUCUCCAAAAUAGAACUUAGCUGAAAUGUGGCAACUUGCAAUUAUUAGUUUCGUAUUGUGUUUUGUACCAUCAUAUCAACAAUUUCCACGUUUUUGUGCUACCCGGGAAGUGUUGCGCACAAAGGAGUGCUGCCCGUCCUGGGAAGGGGACGGGUCGCCCUGCGGAGCCAGCUCGGGUCGUGGAUCCUGCGAGGAUGUGGAGGUGCCUGAUCGGCCUGACGGACCGCAGUACCCCUUCUCCGGAUUGGACGACAGGGAGAAGUGGCCAUUGGUUUUCUACAACCGCACUUGCCAGUGCGCAGGGAACUUUAUGGGUUUCAACUGCGCAGACUGUAUAUUCGGAUACUUUGGUGUGAACUGCAAUGAGAGGAGAGAGUCUGUCAGGAAGAACAUAUUGCACCUGUCCCGGGCCGAGAAGAUCAGGUUUGUAUCUUACCUGAACUUGGCAAAGCAGACAGUCAGCAGGGACUAUGUCGUGGUCACCGGGACCUACCAGGAGAUGGAAAACGGCUCCAACCCAAUGUUUGCUGAUGUGUCUGUGUAUGAUGUGUUUGUGUGGAUGCAUUAUUAUGUGUCCCGUAACGCGCUGCUCGGUGGGCCGGAGAAUGUGUGGACCAAUGUCGACUUUGCCCACUGGGGACCAGGGUUCCUCCCAUGGCACCGUUUGUACCUGCUGCACUGGGAGCAUGAGAUCAGGAAGCUGACCGGAGACAUGAGCUUCACCAUCCCGUACUGGGACUGGAGGGAUGCCCAGGGAUGCGACGUGUGCACAGACGAGUUGAUGGGGGACCGGAGCCCCCACGACCCCAGUCUGCUCAGCCCAGGCUCAGUCUUCUCUUCUUGGACGGUGCUGUGUUCCCGAGCAGAGGACUACAGUAACAGGGGUGUGUUGUGUGAUGCUGAAGAGGAAGGCCCAUUGCGGCGUAAUCCUGGAAACCACAACCGUAAAGUGGUUGAACGAAUACCAACUUCAGCAGAGGUGGAGUUCGCUCUCAGUCUGACCAAGUAUGACACCGGUGCCAUGGACCGCAGCGCCAACAUGAGCUUCAGGAACACUCUGGAAGGAUUCGGGGACUCUCAGACUGGGAUAGGGAACAGUCCUCGUAGGGGAAUUCAUGCUGCUCUCCACGUGUUCAUGAACGGAUCCAUGUCUUCAGUGCAGGGCUCAGCAAAUGACCCCAUAUUUCUCCUCCACCACGCUUUUGUUGACAGCAUUUACGAGCAGUGGCUCAGGAGGUAUAGACCGUCUCCGUCGGAUUUUCCAGACUCUGAUGCACCUAUAGGACACAACGGCGACUACCACAUGGUGCCCUUCCUGCCCCUCCACAGAAACAGAGAAUUCUUCAUCUCCAGCAAGGAUCUGGGAUAUGAAUAUUCAUAUCUUCUAGAUGCUAACCAGAGGCUAGCAGAAACAAUGGGCCCUUACCUGGAGGUGAUGCAGGAUGUGUGGCCCUGGCUGCUGAUUGCAGCGGUCUGUGGAGGAAUUUUAGCAGUGAGUAUAGCUGCUGUGGUCCUAACUGCAAAACGGCGAUGCGAAGGAGUGUCUUGGCUACACGUGAGAAAGUGGAAAAACGUAUUUGCUCUUCCAGAGAGACAGCCACUUAUCUGGGGCAGUGACACAGAGGAAACCAAACACCAUAACUACCAAACAGCUAUCUGAAGGCACGGCCAACCCUGUGCACUGACGCGUGCACCUAUGAAUUUUAAUAUCAAAGCACUGUGAAUUAUAUGUUGUAUUGGCUUAUUUUAAUGAGCAUUGCAAUCUUUGUUACUGGCAGGGUAUUUAAACUGUAUUAAA